UCUCUCUCUUCCCCUUCCUCGCCCUCUCCCUCUCCCUCUCCCUCUCCCUCUCUCCGCCCUCGCCCGCCGCAACAACCGCCGGACCACCGCCGCGGCACCUCCGAUCAUCGAUCCGCCGCCGUCUUCCUCCGACCCUGCAAAUCUGCACCUCCUUCUCAAGAUCCUAUCUUCCUUUCUCUGACCUUCGCUCCCCUCUCUCUCUCUCUCUCUCCGUCUCUCUCCAUCUUAUCUCCAUUUUGUUUUUGUAUUUUUAAAUUCCCAUCUCUCUCUGUGUCUGAGCAUUUUGGUAAAAUUCGACGUCGUUUUCAACGCACUUCGCACGUAUUCUCUCCGCUCCGUUAAAACCCCGAUCUGGCGCUUUUGCCCUCGGCGCCCGCGGGGGAAUUGACGUGACCGCCCCUGCCUCUCCUGGGACACGUGGCGCCCAUCCCCAUGCGGGCGAGAUGAGCUACCACGCCCGCACGAUCCUGUCACCUGGAGCGUCGAGGAAACGCAAGGAGAGAGAGUCGUUUUACGCCAGCGCCGCGGCUACUACUACUGCUAAUAAGCCGGCUGCCAGGCCGGCUCCGGCUCAGGUCCAAGCCGCGGCUAAGGAGGGCCCCGCCGCCGAGCCGCCAGCCGCCAUGUCCGACAACCGGCUCCUGGCGGGGUACAUGGCCCACGAGUUCCUGACGAUGGGGACGCUGCUCGGCUCGAGGCCCGAGGCGGCGGCGGCGGCGGCGGCUCGGGACGAGGAGCCGCCGCCGAAGCAGCAGCAGCCGCCGCCGCAGGGGGUGGAGGAGGUGGGGAAGAAGCCGAGCGGGAGCUACGGCGAGGUGGCGAGCAUCCUGAAGGCCGACGGGGUCCACGUCCCGGGGAUCCUGAACCCCUCCCACCUGGCACGGUGGAUCCAGAUGUGACGUGGCCGCCCGCCAUUGGCCCGGGCGGAGCCCGGCUGCAGGGGAGCGCGAGAAGCACCCGAUCCGGACGUCAUCCAGAGACAGACGGUGAGUCUCUCCCUCUCUCUCUCUCUACCUCUUACUUAGACAACACCGGAACUGUAGCACCACCUCGACGACGACGACGGCGCGCCUCUCUCUCUCUCUCUCUCUCUCCUCUCUUGUCUUUUUCUCUCUCUAAGAGCCCUGCAAAGUGUCAACGACGAGCCUGCAAAUCGCCGCCGCCGCCGCGACGACGACGCAUCAUCGGCGUGCUCGAGAGAAGAGGGAGAUGGAUGGUUCCGUUUUCGAUGUAGAGAAUCACAUGAAUUCGCGAAUAUGAUGCGGUUUUCUUUUGUCCUCC